AUGUCAUUUCCUCUUGAUUCAUCAUAUGGUUAUUCUUCAGGUGAUGAUUCUUUUUCUUAUAUUUCAGAUCCAUAUUAUUGUCCUGUUCACAAUCCUGUUCCACAACCGCCUUCUGUUGGCUAUUGUACUUUUCAACAACCAUAUCCAUAUUAUUAUCCAGUUACAAUACCUCAACAACAAGUAAGUAGUCCAAUAUAUUCUUCUUCUGUAUUUCAGGUUCGUCCAGAAAAAACUCGUCGUUUUUCUCCGGAACAAAUUCAAAUUCUUGAAGAACAUUUUUAUAAAGUAGAUAAGUAUGUAUCAAAAACAACAAUCGAUGAUCUUUCAACUCGAACUCAAUUAACGCCAGCUCAAAUUCGUGUUUGGUUUAAUAAUAAACGUACAAGAGAACGUCAAUAA